UAAAACCACAAUAUUAAAACCAUUCUGUAUAUGCAGCAAAGCAUGCUUGUUAUACUCACUAUGGAACCUAAGGGGUUAAUCCUCUGCAUUGUGUAAAAAUGCUGUUUGAUCCUGACUUUUUGUCUCCCUCUUAUCUCCUAAUAAGACAUAUUGUGUGGCGGCACUCAUUCUCAGUUUGGUGUGUAUUGCUAGAAAGUUUUUUUUUUCCUUUGGAGAGUGCAUGUGAUCAGCACAGGGCCAAUUAACAGUGUCCAGACAGAGGUCAGGAGUCCUGCAUCCUCCUAGAGCAG